AUGUACAGUCGCUGCAAUAAACUCCUCGUAUCAUUCGGCCACGACUCAUGUGCCCCUAAAAUAUUGGAAACUGGCUUCGAUGCUGCCCCCGGCAUCAGCCUGAACACAGAUGGGGCUACAGCUCUCCACCUUGCAGCUGCGCAUUCCCACGCCGCCUGCGUUCAAUACCUCUGCACUCAGUUCCCCCAAACCAUCGACCGGCCUGACCAUAAGGGCAUCACACCUCUCAUGCUCGCAGCUCAAAGCUCCAACCCCUCCCACCCUACACGAAGCACAUGUCUAAUUCCUCCAAAGCAACGUCCACGUUCCUCCUCCAAUGCAGCAGAAGACACUAGUACGAUCGCAACGCUGCUCAGACAAGAUGCGUCCGUGACGCUCACAGAUAACGUGGGCAAUACCGCCUUACAUUAUGCCAGUGCAUGGGGGAAUCUGAAGGCAUUCCGAUUGCUGGUAUCAGCGGGCGCGCCUCCCUUAGCUCUCAAUCAUGCCAUGUGCACACCCGCAGACUAUGCACUGAGUGUACAAGCGGGCGUGUAUUUCCGCAGCCUGGUCUCAGAAUUCGAGCGGCUGAAAGCCGAAUCUCCACAGCUACCGCAACAACAGCAGAAAAUGAAACUAUCAUUAAAAGUCAAUGAUGGCGAUUUGAACCGGUCACCCACGGGUGUAUCAACCCCACAAAGGAACCUAUCGCCUAUCUCCCCAACAGAGAUGCGGUUGGCUAGCAAAACGGGCCUGAGCGCUUCGAGGCCAGGGAUGACUACCCCGUCUCUAGGUUCCGUGCGGUUAAUUACUCAGGAAGAUGGUAACGAUAUGUUCCCUCUAGAUCCGCCGUUGACGGCAAGGAAGGUUAGCGUGCCGAUGACGAGCAACCCGAUUGCGGCGACAGGACCUUAUGCGGAGUUUCGUCGAGGCUCGAGUUGA